UCGUUUUCUCCUUCGGCGGUGACUGCUCUACUGGAUCUGGCUGACAUUUCCAUCUCUCCUUGUGAAAUGCUCUGUCAGAAUUCUGUCUCGGAGUCAUUCACUUUCUGCUGAGCAUUUACUGCAACCAUCUCGUAGAGGGUUACAUUCUUUGUACCUCAUGAUGACACCAAUAUUUAUCGUCUUCUUGGGGUUCUUGUGUUUUUCUACUGUCAACUCACAGUCUCCGGGAAUAUUCAUUAAUCCGUCACCACAACCAGCAGAUAUUGGGCGCUUUGGUACCGCUCCUUUGAGUGGAAACGCCAUAUACACCGUCGGCAAUCUUCUCAACAUAACAUGGAAUCCUCUGGCAUCUGGAUUGACCACUAUCGUAAUGUGGCAGGUGAAUGCAGAGAAACCAAAGAACCAGAUUGGAGACUUACAGUACCUCCCUGGAUCCAGCAAUCUAGGCACUUCACAUUACACCUGGAACCCCAUCGGCGUAGAUGGAAAUAAUGCCAACCCCGAUUUCGACCUAACUGAGAGCAAUGUUUUCUAUUUUGCCCUCUACCAAACAAAUGGAUUGACGCCAAUGAGCGUUACCUCAUAUUUCAACCUCACAGAUUCCAAGGUCAACGCCGUUGGCCAGUCAGUUCCAGCCACUACUAGCAGUAUUGCGUCGAGCAGCUCAUCGACCACUUCGAGCAUCUCAUCGACUACCUCGAGUGUCCCUUCAUCCUCUGACAGUACAGCCGCGAUACCUUCAUCUUCAUCGGCAACUUCUCCCACGAUAACCUCCAUCUCGGUAAAGGACUCCGACUCCUCUGGCCUGACUACUGGUACUAAGGUCGGCGUUGGCCUUGGCGUCAGUUUUGGAGUAGCCAUCCUAGUUGCGCUCCUGGUGGGCAUAUACUUGCUGAUGAAGCGAAAGAAUGCUACACAUACUUCGCCUUCCGAUGCGCCGACAGCUGGGACAGAGUACAAACAGGAAAUGCCUUCUGCGGUUCCUUCGCCAAAACCUCGCCUGGUUUCGACAUACGGCAACUCGUCAUCGCCUCAUGAACUGCCGUCAUAUCACUGAAGAGUAGAGGGGACGAUAUAAAUAUUGGAGGCUGAUGAGAGAGAGAUAGACUGGGGUGGGGGAGGUUGUGUACAUAUACGAUAAUUUGAGGUUAGCGAAUUAAUGAUUGAAAAAAUGCAAGAACACAGG